ACUCCCCCACUUUAAAUUCUUUCCAGCUGUUCCUUUAAAACUCAAAUUUCUUGGCUUCGCUGUUCAUGGUGAACUUGCACUGCUUUAUCCUUUAGCUUCCUAACACCAUUAUGGCGGCCUUCAGACGGACAGCCGUUUAUCACAUGCUGGCUGUGCUGCUAUUGGGAUGCCUCCAGGUUGAUUUGGCUCAUGGAGGCCCUGAUGCAUUCAAAGCCAAGUACGGAAGUCCAUUGGUGAGAGACAGUUCAGCUCCCCUGAAAAAGCAGAUGAUGCAGGAUACAAUGGCAACUCUGAAGCAAGCCAGCAGUUACUCAAAGGACUCAAUGUACUCCCCAUAUGCCACAGAUGUCUUCAAGCAACUUCACAACAAUGCUGAGCACAAGAACUAUCUAGCAGCCAGCAACUCUGCACCAGAGGCUGCAGAACGGGAUGACAUGGCUCUCCACAGAGACGUCACUGCAGACAAGUCCCUGCACAAGAUGGCUGCAGCAGGUAAGGCCAUUGACGGUCCAAUGCAUGAUCAUGUCCACCAGAUGGGUGUUCUUUUGCAAACAUAUGGUUCUGCAGCUGACGUCAAGGGGCUUCAGCAAGACUAUCCUUCUGCAGCUGCACCAAAGAUGGCCAAGGUAGCAAAGUAUGAAGGAGACUAUGCGAGGUACCCUUCUGGGUACCAGAGGCAAGCAAACCAAUAUCCCCAGUAUGCUGACCAGCAACCACAGCAAAGGUACAACUCACCAAGGAUGAAUGCCCAGUGCAAUCCAUGUGGCCCACCACCUUGUCCAUUGCCUUGCCCACCUCCACCACCUCCUCCAGUGCCUUGUGUGACUGAAAUCCCACUAUGCAUUCAGUACCUCAUCAACCUCAUUGUCAUCAUGUUUGGCUUGGGCAUUCUCAAAUGGUACUGCUCAGCCAUGUCUGAACUUGACCGGGAGUGUGGUUUGGAUGACAGAGCAAGUGGAGGCAAGGACAGUAUGGGCAGAAGCCUGGGCGUGAAAAAGAGCAGCUUCAGCCCACCUAUGGCCACCAUCUCUGCCUAUUAUGACCCACAAACCAACCAAGUCCUGCUGCCUCAUGAGCACCAGCAUUACCAGUUCACCCACUAA